CGGGGGAUGGGCCCCGCUUCCGCCGUGAGUGGUGCGCUGGGGGCUCGGCGUUCCCACCCGCACUAUUUAAAGCGGAAUGGUGCCUGGCACUCCCAAGCGUCAAGCCCCCGGCCACGGAAACGUAGGCCCUUGUUGGCCCCGGACUCUGCCCGCUCUCCAGGCUGAUUUGCGAAGCUGGCGCCUGCCCCGGGCUCCUUGGCGCCCCGGGACGGGGUUUGUCUGCAGGCGCACGGCUGACUUCGGGGGCUGAUGGUUCUGUGUUGUGCGCUGCCCUGUGCGCGGUGGACGAGCACCUGCAACAGUGACCGGCACAUGGGGGAGUGGAACAGUGUCCCUAAGAACUGGCCCGAGCGUAGCUUCCGACGUGGGACCCACGGCUGAAUGAUGGGAGUAGCGCGGGACCGGUGCUUCUAACUUCCUCUGUCUUCAAGGCCAGCUGAGAGAAGCAUGCAGCCGUUACCUGGGCAGUGGGCUUGCAGGGACCAUCUAGAAGCUGCCGGCCAUGUAUGUCUUCUGAAAGAUGCCGUUGACCUGGAAAGCUCAUCUGAAAUCGCCCACCUCAUCAGGGCUGAGAACCUGGAGGCAGCAUUGGCUCUUCAUCUGUACAGAGGAGGCCGGCUCGUGCAAGGUCAUGGAAUCCCUUUUGGAAUCAUCUUUGGUGGAACUGAUUUGAAUGAAGAUGUUAACCAGAGAGAAAAAAAUGAAGUGAUGGGAAAGGUCCUCGAAGAAGCCAGAUUUGCUGUCGCUUUCACAGAGUCGAUGAAGGAAGCGGCGCAGACACAGUGGCCGCAUGCCAGGGGUAAGAUCUACGUCCAGAGUCAAGGAGUCGUGACAGUACCAAACGCUGCCUUUAACUGGAACACCUUCCUUCACUGUUCAGGGAUUAACCAAAAUGCUGAUAAUUUACACAUCUUUCUCCUGGUGUGUGGACUUAGACAAGUUAAGGACCCUCUUUACUUGGUGGACGCAUUCUCAGAAUGGCAUCAAGAAGAGCCUAAUGUUUACAUGGUGAUCGUGGGUCCUGAAGUCGACCCAGUGUUUACAAGGGAAGUAAAAGCCAAAGUAAAGAGGACGGCUGGGGUGCGGCUGCUGGGAGAGAUGCCCCAGGAGGACCUACACGCAGCGCUGAAGAACUGCUUCGCGGUGGUGAACAGCUCUGUGUCUGAGGGCAUGUCCGCUGCGAUUCUGGAGGCGAUGGAUUUGGAAGUCCCUGUGCUGGCCAGGAACAUCCCCGGGAACGCGGCGGUGGUGAAGCAUGAGGUCACAGGGCUGUUGUUUUCAGACCCGCAGGAGUUUGUUCAAUUAGCAAAGAGACUGGUUCGUGAUCCUGCGUUGGAAAAAGAAAUUGUGGCCAACGGAAGGGAGUACGUGAGAAGGUAUCACUCAUGGCAGGCGGAAAGAGACACCUAUCAGAGCCUCGUCCAGACCCUCGAGGGAAGCAUCGACGAGUGAGGGCGCUCGCCUGGUGUUCUCACGCGCCCACCUGGGGCCACCGCGGACGCACGGCCCUGGGUGAACACCAGAGACAGAGUUCUGGGCCAGUGGGGCCGGUCCGGUCCAAAUCAUGCCAGUUUCAAUGGAAUCAUCGAUAAACAACAUCAGUUAUAAGGCAGAACCUCAUCCAAAACCUGUCAGGGCUUCCAGAGAACAUCCCGGACGUGUCUACCAGAUCAGCUCCUGGGGGCUCCGGGGGGCUCCUAGGGGCCGGGCAGGGGGAGGCGGGGAGAGAGCGGUGUUAGCCGCUACGGGACUUAGAGGCAAGCCGCGCAGCACAGACACGUCCCACCUGCCUUCUGAUGACCUGUAACUCAUUGUUCAAAACCAGCAACUGAAGUCCAACGUGUCCACAGAAAGGAGUCCACAGAAUAAAGUGUGUCGCCG